CUUUCUCUCUCAACCUUCACCUUCCUCUUCCCUCCUUUUUGUUCUUUCUCUCUCCUCUCCUCUUCUUCUUCCUUCUUGAUCUUUGGGUUCUCCAAGAGAGAAUCCAAAUUAAAUAUAUAUUUUUUUCGAUUGGCAAUCCAAAUCUAAAUUAAACAACAUAUUCAAAUAAUCAAUCAACUUUUUUAAAUUUUACUUUCAAAAUCAUCAAGGAAAGAAAUAGUGCAACAAGCAUCUAUCCAAAAACCCACCGUGGAUGGGUUCGCCAACCUAGAACUAGAAAUCUUGAUCAUCUACUCUUCCUUACAACUAUAGUUAGUACCAUCCUCUCCUUCCUCAAUUGGUCCCUUUCACUUUCACUUUCCAGAUUAGGCCCCAAUCCUGUUGUUCCAUUGGACCACAUCUGGGAGAAUGAGAACCCAAAUUAAAUUCUCCCUAGCGAAACCCAAAUUGAGUUCUCAACAUCCAACUAAAAAAGAGAGAAAAAGGAAGAGAAUGAAGGAGGAGGAGGAGGAGGAAGAGGGGAGGGAGCGAGGGAGAGACAAAGAGCUAGGGAAGGGAAAGAAGACGGGAAGAAGAAGAAGCACUAGAAGAAUGAAGAAGGAGCUUGUUAAUUCGAAGGAGUACAAUCAAGCUCGGAAUGGUAACCGUGAUGUUGAAUGGGAUCAUGCACAGGAUGUUAAAGAUAAAAUGAGGGUUAGAUGAAAGGAUAUUAAGGAAAGGGAAGUGAAAAAUGUUUGGUAUCGUUCUUCUUCUAACAUGAGUGAUUCUGGUAGUAGCGGGGGUGGAAACUGUGGGCCCAGGCAUUCAAGUAAAGUAGUUGGAGCUGACAUGGAGAAUAUUGACCCUCCAACUAUGGAACUUUUGGAUGCUUUUCUAGCUGUAAGUUCUUCUCCUUGUCAUACUCGGUUUCACUUUUAUUUUGGUCUUUGAAUACUUGGUUUCAUAAUGUUUCCUUCUUUUGGAUGUUCUUUCCUUAGAAAAAUAAUCAUUCAACAACAAAUAUCAGUCUAACAU